AAGACACACAGCGGAGUCUGAUCCUCUCAGCUGUGCAACAUGAGCAGGAUAAACUAUCUAGGGUUCGGAGAUGCCUCCGAUUCCAAUGAAAGGAGGAUCGUUCUUGUUGGGAAGACCGGAGUGGGGAAGAGCGCGGCAGGAAACACCAUCCUGGGGAGGGAAGCAUUUGAGUCAGAACUGUCUCCAUCUUCCCUGACGUCUGAAUGUCACAAAGCCAAGGGGGAUGUUGGGGGUCGAAAGGUCGCGGUCAUCGACACUCCGGGACUGUUUGACACUAAUUUCACCCAAGAAGAAGUCCUGAAGAGGAUCAAGAUGUGUAUCUCUCUGUCUGCUCCUGGUCCUCACGCCUUCCUGGUGGUUCUUCAGCUGGGCAGGUUCACCCAGGAGGAGAAGGAAACCGUCAAGAUGAUUCAGACCACGUUUGGUCAAGAUGCUGCUAAAUACACGAUGGUGUUGUUCACUCAUGGAGACCAGCUGAGGAAGCAAACCAUUGAGGGCUAUAUUUCAGAAAGUACCGACCUGAAAGCCCUCGUUCGCAAUUGCUUUGAUCGAUACCACGUCUUCAACAAUGAAAUCAAAGACCCUCAACAAAUCAGUCAACUCCUGGACAAAAUUGACAAGAUGACGAUGGCUAACGGUGGAAGCUACUACACCAACGAGAUGUUCAUGAAAGCAGAGGUGGCUAUAGAGAAGGAGAAACAACGACUGCUGAAGGAGAUGGAAGCACAUAAGCAGAAAGAGCUGGAUGAACUGAGAGCCAAAUGCACAAAAAGGGUGUACCACAAGGAGGAGAGGCGGGUGCACAUGAGAUACGAGUACGAAGCCAGAGCUCGAGCUGAAAGGUCAAAUGAGUUCGUCGGUGCUCCAGUGAUAGCCAUAGCAUCAGCCUGUGGUGCUGCUGUUGGAGGUCUGCUUGGAAUUGCAGCAGGUCCCAUUGGUUUGGCAGUUGGAGUUGCAGCUGGAGCAGCUGUUGGAGCUGGCAUUGGUGCUUUAUCAGUGGCAGUCUCAGAGCAUUGCCACGUGCAGUGAGAGAGCGUACAAUUAAUAAUGAUCAGCAAUUUCUGAUUCUGGUAAACUCAGCACAAAUAAGUUAAGGGUGAUUCUCAUAAUCACUUUUUGUUCAUAAGUGAAAUUAUUUUAGAUGAAACAGAGCUAAUCAGCUUGUAUUAUGCUGCAUCUCCAACAAUGUCUUGACUGUACACUAGUGUUAAUAUAAGUAAAAUCAUGUAAUUAAUUUGUCAAUGUAAUUAAAUGUACUUACCAUGAUGGAUUGUGAUUGAAUGAUUGUAUAUCUGUAGCAUCUAAAUUAAAUUAUGUCAAACUGUAAA